ACCCAUCAUUAACAUCUUCAGUAAAAAUACAACUCAUCAAGCAGGUGCUUCAGUGAUUAUAGGGUGAAUAUAUUCCUGCGCAUGAAGGCAGAAGAGCAGAUAUCUCUUUAAACAGAGUGCGUCCUGCUGCUGACUAGUGACUUUUCUCCCUCCCUCCUAUAUAAACCCAGCUCUCCCGCUCCUACUGCAGUCACUUCUCCUCCGUCCGGCCUCAUCAUGAGUUUCACGGUAGAGCACCACCUUUUCGGUCCGACCUCGUACCGCAAGGCUCCUCGGACAGCCUCGGUGUCCUCCAGCUCCGGCUUCCACUCCCAGCGCCGCCGCCUCCUCACCUACAGCCAGCCGCCCUCCGUGGACAGCCUGGACACCUUCAACGGAGGCGACAUGACGCGGAGGAACGAGAAGGAGAUCCUGCAGACGCUCAACGACCGGUUCGCCGGCUACAUCGACAAGGUGCGCAACCUGGAGAUGCACAACCGCAACCUGGAGGCUGAAGCGGCGGCGCUGCGGCAGAGCCAGGCCGGACGCGCCUCUGUGGGGGAGCAUUACGAGAGAGAGCUGGGCGACCUGAGGGGGCUCCUGCAGCAGCUGACCGGAGAGAAAGCUCGGGCGGCUCUUGAGCACGAACACCUGGAGGAGGACAUCCAGCACCUGCGAGUCAGGCUGGAGGACGAGGCGCGCAACCGGGAUGAGCUGGAGGCUGCAGGGCGCGCCAUGAAGAAGUACGUGGAGGAGUGCAGGCUGGCGAGGAUGGAGCUGGAUAAGAAGCUCCGUGCACUGGAAGAGGAGGCCGCUUUCCUGAAGAAGAACCACGAGGAAGAAGUGGCGGAGCUCCUCGAGCAGAUUCACGGCGCGCAGGUGAGCUUCGACAUGCGAGGAGACACGCUGAAGGCUGACGUCACCGGCGCACUGCGAGAGAUCCGCGCACAGCUGGACGGACACGCGUCCAAGAGCUCAACUCACGCGGAGGAAUGGUUCAAAGUGCGUAUGGAGCAUCUGUCUGAAGCUGCCAGGUCCAACCAGAGUGCAAUCCGUGGAAGCCAGGAGGAGAUCAUUGACUACCGCCGUCAGCUCCAGAGCCGCACUAUUGAGCUGGAGACUCUUCGUGGAACCAAGGACUCACUGGAGAGGCAGCGUAUGGAGGGUGAAGACAGACACCACGAUGACCUCAACUCCCUACAGGAGACCAUCAAUCAGCUGGACAAUGAGCUGAAAUCCACCAAAUGGGAGAUGGCCAGCCAGCUGAAAGACUAUCAGGAGCUGCUGAAUGUGAAGAUGGCUCUAGAUAUUGAGAUCGCUGCUUAUAGGAAGUUACUGGAGGGAGAGGAGAACCGCUUCGUGUCAGGAGGAGGUCCCUACUCUUACCUGGAGAGCAGAAUCUCCUCCCACAUGAAAGUGAAAGAGGAGAUCACAGAUACCGUCAUAGUGGAGGAACAGACAGAUGAGACCCAGGUGACAGAGGUGACAGAGGAGGCAGAUGAGGAGGAAGAGGAGGAAAAAGAGGAGGGAGAAGAAGAAGAAGAAGGUGAGGAAACCAAAGAAGAAGAGGAGGAAGAAGGUGAGGAAGCAGAAGAUAAGAAGGAAGGAGAAGAGGAGAAGGAGGAAGAAAAGGAAGAGGAGGAGGAGAAGGAUGAGGAUGAGAAGGAGAAGGGAGAGGAUGAGGAGGCAGGUGAGGAAGAAGAGUCCAAAUCUCCAGAAAAGGAUGCAUCCCCUCAGCCUAAAUCUCCUGCUGUCAAAUCACCAGAAUCUAAAUCUCCACCAAAAUCACCAGAACCUAAAUCACCAGCAGCCAAAUCACCCACCAAGUCACCUGCACCAAAGUCACCUGUGUCAAAGUCCCCACCCAAAUCCCCUGAAUCUAAAUCUCCUCGCCCCAAGUCUCCUGAACCAAAGUCUCCGGAGGAAGAGAAGGCCAAGCCUGCUGCCGCCAAAGACACCCCUAAAGAAGAGAAGAAAGAGGAGAAGCCUGUCAAGGAGGAAAAGAAGGAGAAAGAGCAACCUGUGAAGGAGGAGAAGAAGCCAGAGCCCAAGGAGAAGGAGCCAGAGAAGCCUGAUACAAAGAAAGAGAGCAAGGCAGAUGAAGCGCCAAAGAAGGAUGACGCUUCGAAACCUGCUGCUCCCAGCAAGCCCGCAGAAGACAAACCUGCCCCCAAGUCUGAGCCUAAAGAGAGCGCUCCCCCCGCCAAGGAGGAGAAACCCUCUGCUCCUAAACCAGAGAAGGCCGAGCCAGAGGCGAAACCCGCCCCUAAAGCAGAGCCCGAGAAAACAGAGGGCAAGAAGGAAGAGGCAAAGAAGGAAGAGGCAAAGAAGCCAGAGGAGAAGCCCACACCUAAAGCCGAACCCGAGAAAACAGAGAGCAAGAAAGACGAGAAGAAGCCAGAGGCCAAAAAGGAGCCUAGUAAAGAAGAGAGUAAGGAGGUGAAGGAGGCAGAGAAGGCGGAGAAAUCUUCUGGCACAGAGUCAAAGGAGAGCAAGGACGAGAAGGCCAAGAAGUAAGAAUGAUGAGCUAUGAUUCAAGGCACGAGAAGAGGAGAGGAGAAGGAGGUGGAGAUGCCAAAGAACUAUGAGGGUAGGCAGGGUAAAGAGCAGGAGAAAGGGGCUGGACGCACCCAAAUGUCCAAAGCAGGCGAUGGUAUGUAAGCAAUAGUGAUUUCUGUAGCAAAUAACCCCACGCUCCCUAAGUAUGGCCAUUACACACCCCUGAUGCUUCUGAUGUAUGACUGUAGUGAAUGCAGAAUGCUCUAAACUCUUUAUCUGAAUGUGACAAACUGCCCUUAAUACAUAACAAGUGCAUUUAAACUGAAUCCCGCUGACAGGGACUGCAGGGGCCUGCCUUCAAGGGUAGAGAUGUCAACACAGUGUCAAGCUUAAGAUUGUGACAGAUAUUGAAUAUAAAAAAAAGGUAUAUUUAAGGAGAUACAAAUGUCUAUAUUAUAUUUACAGAUACAUCUAUAAGACAGACUUGAAUUUUGCUUGUUGUGCACCUUAACGCAGCUUCUCUUGACUGACAGUUGAACUGCAGUGUCUCACUUCUUCUGAUCUGCAAUGCUAGGACGAUGAUGUGUCAACUAUGUAUAAACUGCUGAGAAUAUGCAAUAUGAAACAGAUAAAUAAAGAAUGAAAAAUCAAACAUAAA